UUGGCUCAGCGGCAGGUGCAGCUGUGGCACUUCCUGCUGGAGCUGCUAGGUAGGCGGGGCGAGGGCGGAGCCAUCGGGUGGGGCGGCGAAUGGGGCGAGUUUGUCAUCCGAGACCCGGAGAGGCUCGCCAGGCUGUGGGGAGAGAGGAAGGGCAAGCCUCACAUGAACUACGACAAACUGAGCCGUGCACUGAGGUACUAUUACAACAAGAGGAUCCUGCACAAGACCAAAGGCAAGAGAUUCACCUACAAGUUCAACUUCAGCAAACUCAUUCUGGUCAACUACCCCAGCCUCAUGUCUUGCCAGCCGAUGCUCCAGGGCUCUCCUCCUCUUUCUCUCCCUCCUCCUCCUCUCUCUCUCCCUUUCUUCUCCACUGAGGGAGGAGUCUCUAUGGAUAGAGCCUCAUCAUCUCCAUCACAUCCACUUCUGCUGCCCCACUGCUUCCCAAAGCCCCUCCCAUUCACCUCACAUCAUCCAAUCGGUGGACACUUCCCUUUCCUCUCUGCCCCGCCUCCCUCCUGCGCCAGCCUAUCAGAGCUGUCAGGUCUGCUGCCUGUCAACAGUGGCCUCAGCGGCUGGCCAAUCCCAGAGCUGCACACCCACAGAGCUUUCCUUCAGCAGGAGCGAGGGAGCGAGAAGAGAGGAGAAGUGGAAGGAGGGAGGAAGAGGAGAGGAGAGGAAGAGGGAGUGAGAGGAGGAGAGGAGAAGCUCCACAGGACAACUCUCCUCUGA